UACACUUCAUCCCUCUCAAGUUUCAAACACUAACACUCACAAAUAUUUUUUAUAUUUAAUUUAAUUCCCACCCAAAUAACCCUACAAUACACUCUUCUAGAUCCCUCUCUCGUAAUAAACCCCUUCCCUCCUCUAUAGUAUAUAUUCUUUCUUCACCACUGUCAUCUUCUGCUCCACUUUGUCACCACAACUCACUCAAGCCAUAACAAGAAAAAAAACAACUCACCCAUUAAUCUGUUUCUUAUAUACAAUUUGAUGAAAAGACGGUCGGAUAUUAAAUGUGAAAAUCUCUCCCAACAGAGAGACUCGAACAUUGGUUUAUCAUGUCGUAAGUGACUAACCUCUUCUCUGCACAAAUCAGUUGGCUUUCCCAAAAAACCAUUGGGAAUCCCUUUUUAUUCAUUCAUUCGUUAAUCCAAAAUCCCAAACCCAUGAUUUACGCUAUUUCUUCUCAGAACCCAUUGGUGCGGAGCAUGCCAAGAAUCCAUAAACAUCGCAAAAAACCAUCUCUGCCACCGAACUUAAGACCUAUAACUUGUUUCCAAAACUAUAGUAACCCCAACAGCAACAGUGCCGUCAAUAACAGACCCACAUUCACAGCGAACACGGUGACGAGGCACGUUUUCGUUAAGGAGAAGUACGAGGAGAAAGAGAGGGAAUUUGUUGGUUACUGCAACAGCAGCAACAGACAAAUGAUGUUGUUGUGUGGGUUAGGCUAUUGGGUGCAAGGCUUCAGGUGUUUUCCGUGGCUGGCACUGAACUUUCACAUGGCCGGCAACCUCAACUUGCACCCGUCCACGUUGCAGCUCGUGCAGAACUUCGCUAAUAUACCAAUGGUGGCUAAGCCACUCUAUGGAAUACUUUCGGAUGCUAUCUAUAUUAAGGGUGCUCACAGAAUACCUUAUGUUGUCAUAGGAGGUCUUCUGCAAGUAUUUUCUUGGAGUCUUCUGGCAUUGGUCCCCGUUGCACACAAAGUGCUUCCCAACUUAAUUGCAUCUGUGCUUCUCAGCAAUUUGGGCGCAUCCAUUACAGAAGUAGCACAAGAUGCUCUUGUAGCAGAGUAUGGCAAGAAGCACAAAAUUGGUGGUCUUCAGUCAUAUGCAUUCAUGGCAUUAGCUGCAGGUGGAAUCUUAGGCAACUUGAUUGGUGGUUAUUUCUUACUGAAAUUGCCUCCCAGAAUCAUUUUUUUCAUAUUUUCAUCCUUACUGUCUCUACAACUAGCAAUUUCUUUCUCAACAAGGGAGGAGUCUUUAGGCAUAGCACAACUUUCAGCUCAAAAUCUUGCUAAGAGAUCCAUCUCAGAAAAUAUCAAAAACCAAGUCUCUGAUCUUGUCAUGGCUAUCAGCGACAAGAGCAUUUCUAAGCCCCUUGUAUGGAUUGUUGGAUCAAUUGCCAUGGUUCCAAUGCUUUCAGGCUCUAUAUUUUGCUAUCAGACACAGCGUCUAUAUCUUGAUCCUACAGUAAUUGGGUGUUCUCGAGUAAUUGGCCAGUUUGCGCUUCUUUCAGGAACCGUGCUUUAUAACCAUUAUUGGAAAAAAAUUCCACCGAGAAGGCUGAUAGGCAUGGUGCAGGUUCUAUAUGCUUCAUCUCUACUUCUUGAUCUCGUUUUGGUUAACCAGAUAAAUCUCAAAUGGGGAAUUCAGAAUGAUGUGUUUGCUCUUUGCUUUUCUGGUUUAGCAGAAGUUGUGGCUCAGUUUAAGCUCCUUCCUUUCUCAGUUUUAUUUGCAAAUUUAUGUCCAAAGGGCUGUGAAGGAUCUCUCGCCGCAUUCCUUGCAUCAGCUUUGUGUGUAUCAUCAAUAGCCAGUGCCUUUCUGGGUGUUGGAUUGGCAUCUUGCCUUGGCAUUACAUCCGGUGAUUACUCGGGCUUGACGAGGGGAAUUCUUGUGCAGUUCAUUGCAGCUUUAGUACCAUUAAGAUGGAUUCAUUCUUUACCAAUGACACAACUGGUUGAGAAGCGAAGGAGAAGAAGUAUGAGCAGAAAAGCACGCAGAAACAGAAGAGUUGGAAAAGUUGUGCUUGGUUAUGUUAACGUCUACAGGCCUGAGAGAGAAUGAUAGUCUCAUAGGUGAAGAUAAUCAGUUCCUACCUAAGCAGCUCCAAUGAUUAUGCAAGGAUGAAUGGUACUUGAGCUCUGCCACAAAUUCAUUAUCAUUCUCCUGAACAUAGUUUGUACAAAACUAGGAUGCGUGUAUAACACACUGGUGCUGGACGGAAUAUUUGAAUAUGCAUCAUAUUAUCAUGUGCGACUCAAAGGACUUAAAGACUUAAACUAAAUUUAAGAA